AUGGACCUGAGAAAGCACCUGAAAUACAGCUUCAGUUACAAGAAACUCGGAUUUGAACCUGUUGAGUUCAAGAUAUGCCUUUCGUCAAAAGUUGACAAACUGUUGGAAUCCUUUGACCUACGAGGAGUCGAAACAGUCAAAACGAAAGCAAUAAAUGAUGUCAGGGAUCAAGUUUGUAUUCAGGGAUCAAAUCAAUACCUAGCUGGUCGCCAACGGGAAGGAGGACUUUUCCCCCAUUCAACGCGAUACGAAGACGAUAUUCCAGACCCAAACCCGGUCCAGCGGAGACAGACCCGUACAAAGAACAAAAUAAGGAACAAGAACUAUCACGAGGAGCAGCGUAGGCUGUUUAAAGAUAUAUUACGGCAAGAGUUUCAAGAACUUUUUCCUUUUAUAGUAAUUGACGAAAAGGGCUUCCUUUCUAGUUCUGUCAGUGGAAGAGAGAUCAAAGCUACAGAGUUCUGCAAUGUCAUUGAUGAAAUUUCAGCUAACUUUCUUAAUAAAAAUUUGAAGACACAUGGUGCACAGGGCCACGACGGGUUAAGCACCUAUUGGCGGACGAAGUUAGAAUCAGUGUCUGAAAGUUGCCAGCGGAUAUUACAGAACAGAAUGGCAGUAGUCGGCUCCAUUGACAAUGAUCUAAUGGAUCAGGGAGGCUAUAGAAUAUGGAUUGACCACGUGAAAGUAAUAGUUUCAUUUGCAGCCUUAAUGGUUGUUGCUAAAAUGAUCAUUGCUGUUGAUGAUCGCGGCAGAUUUAUUAACCCGAGGUUAUUCCUUAUUGUGAUGAUUGUAUUCUUUGUACUAUUGUGUUUACCACAACAGUCCCAACGUAAAUAACUGAAAGUAAUACAGAUUUCAAAGUAUCAUUGAACGUGGGAAAUGACUGAGUUCUCAAAACUGGCAUGGUCCAGUUAAGUUCCGAGGAACCUUAUCUAGGAUAGCCACCACGUUGCCAUUAUUGACAUUAUACUAUAGCCUUUCCCUCAAAAAUCACAUGAAUGUGCUAUAACGUUAACUGAUUUGUGGAAUACCAGUUUAUUGUUUAAAUUAUAAAUUCGAGUUAAUAGGAGCUUCGCUUUUCAGGGGCACCCAACGAGAAUAUAGUUCAAAACCACAUAAACAUAGCAUUGUUGAACGUACUUUAGUAUUUAAACGGUAUAUAAAGGCUUAUUUUUAUCCCCUAAAGAUUUUUCAUCUGUUCGGAUUUCCUAGCUGAAAGUAUAGUGAUCCGAAAAUUAUAGGGAUCAAAAUUUACCUUUUCGAAAAUUUCAGCCAGAAAAAAGGCUCCCGAAAAUUCUAGGUGACCUUUUUAGGGUAAAAAUCCGUUAAAAAUGGGCAAUUAUACCACUUUUUGGAUGUUCGAAAAUUCUAGGAGAGGCAGGCAAGCAAGAAAUUUUACAGAAAAUGAUCCGAAAAUUCUAGAUCUCAAAUCGUCUUCCGAACAGAUAAUUUUCCGAAAAUUGUCGUUGGGUGCCCCUGGCUUUUAGCCCUGGCUAAAUCUAUACAUUGUGUAAGGUAACCUCAGGGGCACCCAACGACAAUUUUCGGAAAAUACCUGUUCGGAAGACGAUUUCUUGCUGGGAGUAAGGAACGGAUGAAUUUUCCCAGCAAUCUCCCAAAAUGUUUAAAAUAGCUUCAGACAUCUUUAUUCAUGCGUUUUUGUUGUUUUUAGGUCUUUUUUUCAAAAUUUUCCGUUGGGUGCCCCUGAAAAAAUGGCAUAAUUGCCCAUUUUUAACGGAUUUUUACCCGUUAAAAGGUCACCUAGAAUUUUUUCGGGAGCCUUUUUUCUGGCUGAAAUUUUCGAAAAGGUAAGUAUUGAUCCCUAUAAUUUUCGGAUCACUAGACUUUCAGCUAGGAAAUCCGAACAGAUGAAAAAUUUUCAGGCGAUAAAAAUAUGCCUAUAUCUAGCGUUUAAAUACUAAAAUACGUUUAAUAAUGCUUUGUUUAAGUGGUUUUGAACUAUAUUCUCGUUGGGUACCCCUGGUAACCUGUUUCUUAUUGAAAUCCUUUCAUUUUCGUAGGUUACAGAAACAAUAGGGUUUUUCCCCAAACAAAUCCCUACACUUCGAAAGUUAAACAACAAAUGCCGAUUAGUCGCCGAUGCUCAUAUUUCGAGCUUGGCCUACUGUGGUUACAGGAACAGCUUUCAACAAGGGAUCAAAACAAUUUACAAAAAACAAUUGAGAGAUAAAUAAGGAUCAGUUAAGGUUUCUGAGAAACUGCCCACCUACCCCUCCGCUAACCCAACAUUUUGCAAAAAGUGAGAAGUUAUUGUUAACGUUGGGUUUGGGGAGGAGUAGGUUGGCAGCUUUCCUUAACUGAUCCGAUUAGGGGCUGAUAACUGAUCCAAAGAUAAUUUAUCAAACCGCGUCUUCAAUGACAAAGUGACGGUAAAUUCCCCUUUUAACAUUACUUAAACACUAAUGCAGUCCUCCAGAUUCAGUCGCCGAGUCGUCGUACAUAAAGAGGACUUAAGGUAUGAUUAGAUGGCUUACCAAUCUUUUUUUCCAUUUGUUGGAUUGUCUUUGUCUUAAGUACUCCAUAAAACGAGGGCAACGCAUUUUUUUAUCCUGUUUCUUUUGUUCGCAGUUCAUAUCAUUAAUUUUCUAGAUUUAUCUUCUUUUCGGAUUCUACUAAGAGGGAAGUGCCCCGGGGAUACUCCGCUAUAAAAAUGACAGGGGUGCUCGUCGUGCUUUUAGGGGUUUAAAUUUGGGGAUUGGUACCGCUUAGGGGGAUAAAACCUAAAAUGACUGCUACCAGAGUUGUCUCGAUACCUUUUAGGGGCUUACUUUAAGGUUAUCGCCUAUGAGGAUAAAGAUUUAUGACAAAAUUUUCAAAAAGUCCUCGAGAAGAAAGUUUUCGAAAGUUAUCUUUAUGACUAUUAAAAUUUGCAGUGCCAGUUAUAUAAUUUGUUGUUAUUGAAUUGUUACCUCUUAGGGGUGGUGGGACACGCGUAUAAAACAAGACUCUAGCACCUUUUAGGGUGGUUUCGAAAUUUUCUAAGUAGCACCCCCGUCACUUUUACAGGGGAUUACCCCCCGGGGUAAGUGCCUUUUCUUUGUUGCAUUUUUCGAUAAGUAUCGGUAACUGGUUAAAUUACCCAUUUGAAUCGACUUGUAGCAUAUUUAAAUUACUUUUAAUUUUUGCCUGAACUUCACGCGCGAUGGCCAAGCUCUUUCAAUGCAAACAACACACUAGUGUCAUGAUAAAUUCCUUUCCUGUGAUGUGAAAGCGAAAGGCCACUGUCUCUUCCGGUUUCUCUUUACAAAGUAAAGUAUUGAACAGUGUAAUAGGGGUGUUACUAAACAGAGUAACGCAGUAACGAGUAACGGUAUAACGAGAAAACAAGUAACGGGAUAAAAAUUCAAGAGGAUAAAAAAUAUAUUAAAAAAUAGAAAUUAUAAAACAAAAAUCACAAAAAUGAUUAUUAUUUCUAAAUAGCGUCCUUUUCAAUCGUAAAAAUAUGUGUACAACGCAAGUUCAAAUGAGAACUCAAGAAAAAGAAAGGACUGAACGCUACUUCCGCUGCUCAAUUUGCCGUCGUGUAGUAGUCAAUACGUGUUAGAGUUUUUAAUACAAUGAAAUUCAAUUAUUCCACGAGCGCGCGUUGGAUAUGAGAUGAUAAAUAGCCGACGAGGCGCGUUUCAUUUCAUAUCCAACGUAGUUCCAGGUAGAAUUAUGUACAUAUAUAAAUAUGAAAGUAUAGAUAAAAUAUCUAAAUAACAAAUAAAAAAUGGGGGGUCACCAUGCUCGUUUAUUUGCAAUAAGACGAUAAAGGAACAAUUUCAACCUCAAAGGAUCAGUUUUCGCGAAAAGACUGGGGCGAGUUUAAAUUUUUCGCCCAUUUUUGCAGUUAAAAGUUGUCUUUGCAGGGCUUAAAUUCUUAUUUACUACAAAGGCGGUUUUCCUGAGUCUGUUUAGACGACCAGCGAGAAUUUUCACCGUAUUUGAUGUCGCAAAGUUAUGCGCAGUAGGAUAUGCGCAGUGCAAAACAGGGGAAUAACCUUAAGAGCGUCUGCCUGUAAACCACGGAUAGGCGUGCAAGAUGGAAAAAUCGAAAUCUCCCAAACUUUGUCACAACAGAGACCCUUGGAAACUAUUUUAGAAAAUACAAGAAUCAGUUCAUUUUGAUUUACAUUUUCCGAAUUAAUAAUUUUUUUAAUGUUUUGACAGGCCUCAAAGCCGCCGAAAAAUGUCCUUCCUCUCCUCCCUUGGUAAUUUGGAAGGGAACCAAAUACCAUGACUAUUUCGAUCAUACAUAAUUGAAUGACCCUUUCUUGGUAUCCUAACGUUAUUAGAAUUUCAAAAGAUUCCAAUUUGAAUUUUUUUUUCUUUUACCCUCUAAAUCAGUUUAUCGCAACUCUCAGUUUUGCCUGUUUUAAACGGCGAAAAUCCCUUCCUGGUACAUGGCUUUCGAUAUAAAAAUGGUAUUCUUGAGAAAGAGGAAAGCUUCUUCUGUCAAUCUGCGAAAUAAAAUUUUGGGGCAAUGGAAACUGCGAGUUUUGACAACUCAAAAACAUUGAAGGUACUUGCUUGAAAUUUACAACCUUUGAACUUGCAUUUGCUUGGGAAUGCAGAAAAAUAGGAAUAUUCAGCCCAGGCCGGAAAAGCAAUAUUCUUAUAAGAAAGAAAGAGUGUAGAGUACGGAAUUUGGGUAGCAGUUACUAAAAAAAGAGUAAAAUUUGGCCGUAAAUGUCACUCUUUUCCAUCAGUCGAAAAACUAAAAGCGAUUUCCGAUUUUAUGGUGGCAAUUUUUCAAAGGAAUAGUACUUUUAUUCCGCGAACUGGAGCCAAGGUCUCGACAACAACACUUUCGCUACGUGCGUUUACUUUUACAAUGUCUACUGGUAAAAAAAUCACUUACGUUGCAAUCAGCUUGAGUGUCAUUUAGUGUUCUUCAAAAUGCUCACAUUUCUUGUGAAACAAAUCGGAAUUACAUUAAGACAAACUUUAACCUAUCCUACGGCCUUAUCUUUGAAAACAGACCAAAACAGUACCUGAGUAUCAUGAGUACGUCAGCAAAACGAGAUUGCGUGACAUUUAAUACCAGACCCGAGGUUGUAAGCGACAUAGAUACCUGCACCAGAUAAGUUUCCAUGAAAAGAAAAAAAAGUCAGUCGUCUAAAUACAUAGUGUCACUCUGAAGUGUUGGCUAGAACAACCCAAAUACUUAACAACACCAAUCUCUGAUAUACGUUCCAACAAUACACGCAGAAAAAGACUAUUUUACAACAGUUUCAAAAUUAGGAAUAAUUUGUCACUCUUGGAAAAAUAUAACAUAGAAUAUGCAAAAAUAGUAUACAUUUCGGAAGUAUGUUUGGAACCACGGGGCUACUUAUCGACGACUGCCACGGGAACUGCAUGUCUCGACAAGUUCUCCGAGUAAGGACAAGUAAGGUGCUUUCCAUCGCCCUUUGAUUUUCCCCACCUCAACAUCACAAAUGGAACGCAACAUGGAAACACUAUGUUAUCUGCCCUGUCGUGACAUGUCACAUAAGUUAAAAGUGUCAAAACUGUCGGGUGCCUUAUAAGGCCCCAUCCACACUAAUCCAUUUUCGUUUGAAAACGCAUACAUUUUGAUGCGUUUUCGCCUUUCAUCCACACUAAAACGCCCGAAAACGCUGAUGAAAACGAAGACUUUCGAAAACGCAAGCCAGUUUACGCUCACGGAGCGUCUACUUUAUUUAACAACCAAUAACUGAUUGUAAUGCAAUACUCAUUGCUUCUUUCAUAUAAACAAACAUGUUCCUAAUUAGUGUAAUUAAGUUAUUAUCUCGUCUUAUCUCUUUGAUCAGAAACUGAAAGCAACAAUUCGGGGAAUACCCCGUGGAAUAAACACAAACAGAUCGUGCUGCAUAAGAACCCCCUAUAAUGUUGUGUUCCACGCAGUUGACAUAAGCCAGUCAUCGAAAUUCCCUUUGCAACUCGUUAAAGACCCCCUCAUGCCGUAUUCAAAGCAACAGCUGAACUAUUUUCGGAUGAUACACAUUGUUAUGGACAUUUUCGCGACCGCUUUGAGAGAACUGUUCAAGGAAGUUCAAAGUGUCAUGCAAACUUUCACCAACGCCAUUUACAAGCUAGACUGGGAAGAGUUUAAACGACAGUCGGCAAUUUUCCUCCGCAACGUUCAAGACUGGGCGACUAAGCUUUUUGUACAGAUCGAACUCGCCUAUGGCUACAACAUUCAAGGAGAGAGUAAAGAAGCCAUGCUUUUGUUAAAUGAUACUAUUGCGAAUUCUUGGAAAGCUGGAGAAAAUUCUCCGCGAAUUCUAUCAAGGGUACUCGCAAGAAAAUCUUUGAAAAUGGUGUACGAACAAAAACAUUCCGAGUCAAGGGCCUUGGCUGAGGAAGCAAGUGGCGCUGUGUCGACCAUUGAGAGCCCUGAAGAAGAGAUUGUUUGGCAGAUACGGAUUGUUGAGUGUUUACUGAACGAAGACGGCUCACUGGAAAGCAAGAAAGAGAGAUUUACGCCUAUUUGGAACUCGGUUAUUGAACUGUGUCAGGGAAACAUGGAUAGCGUUCCUAGAAGUCCUUUUAUCUUAAAUUUGUUUUUGCCUACAAAGCACUUUUUUAUCUUGGGUUUUCAAAGAACGGUUUCGAUCCCUAUCCCAGCAGUGUUUCAGAUCUUGACGAAGCAGAACGCUGUGUUCAAAGGUUAGAGGAACCAGACUUAAAAACAGACCUUGAGGACAACUACGCAGACGCCUUCCGCUUGAUUUGCAAAAGCAAAAUUGCAUUUGACAAAAGCAAAGUGGCUGACGUUGCAGGAGAGGUGGAAACAAGGGAAAAGGAAGCGUUAUCACUGUAUGAGAAAGCCGCUGCAGCUUGUAAAAGUGCCAAAAACAACGGAAUCUUGUUCAAGUUAUCUUCCCUGAAAGAAUACUUAGAAAAUGACAAAGAAAGUGGAAACUAGAUUCCAUUUCUUAUGUCUUUCAGUUUUCCCAUUGAAAGCUCGUAAGCUCGUUACCAAAGAAAAGUUCAGUUUUAUUCAUUUCGUUGUCUUUAGUUUUCUCGGAAAAAUAAGGUGAAGGACGUAGUGCGUGUGCCUCAAUUUUAAGAGGACAAACAUUGUUUUUAUGAUAAUAUGUGGCGUUAUCAAAACAUGUGGCAAAAAUAGGCCUGCACUUGUCAACCCCAAGUUGAUACAUCAAGUCAACUAUCAGGUAAUUGCUGUUUACAAUUUACAAGGACGGCGACUUUGUUGAUACGUGUUUGGGGCUGUCACGGUUUAGUUAUGCGAUGAGAUAAAAAAAACUGAGAAUUCGGGGAAUACCCCUUGGAAUACAAUAAAAACAAAGGAAAAUGCAAAUUAUUCCCCUGAACCUCGACUCUGUUCUUUUGUUCUUCACAAUUCGAAACUAGCCUAUUGAUUUCUGUUUGAUAAGUAGUAUACAAAGCCCAGCCUGAAAUGUUGUGUAAUUAGUUUGUGCAGUUGUCAUAAGGCAGUCCUCGAAACACCGUUUGCAACUCGCCAAAGACUUUGUCAUGCCGUAUUCAAAGGAACAGCUUAACUACUUUCGGAUGAUACACAUUGUUAUGACCAUUUUUUCGGGAGCUUUGAGAGAACUUUUCAAGGAAGAGUGGCGUAGGUUUUAUGGUUCAAAAUGGCGCGGUAGACGGGAAGAUGGAAGGCGGUUUUCCUCAAACGAGUCAUUUGGUAAUCGAAAACGUAACAGGGAGGCGCUGAAAACUAUCGUUAAAGGCCAUUCGUCACAGUUUGACAACUCCAUUCUGUUUUACUGUAUUCUGUACUCUGAUUCUGUUGGAGCUAACCUAAAGAAGAGAAAUCCUUCGAAGUAUGACGAAAUAGACCGCCUUCGUGAGCUGCGAAACGAGGUUUGUCAUAUUGCCCCAAAAGAUGAAGUUGAAGAUAGCGACUUUCAAAACUUUUGCUCUGAAGCUAUUACUUGUUUCAGAAACCUUGAUCUUUCAACAAGUGCCUUAGAAGCAAUCGCCAAAGAGCAGAGCUUUGAUACGAACGAAGUGGUGAGAUUGAAAGCUGAACUGACGAGAGAGCAGAUGGCUGUAAGGGAAUAUGAAGAGUAUUUUUCUAAGAAGCUUUCCCCCUUGAAGAAGGAUUUCAACCCAAGGCCCUAUCUUGGAAAGAUGAAAGAUCUAGGCAUUCUGUCAGAAAGAGAAGUUUUGAACAUAAAAAAACAAAAGAGGAACGAGAUUAAACUUGCUAUGCUUAUGGAUUCUGUUGUUUACAAAGGAACUGAAGUUGUUGCAGCAUUUCUGAAUUUGCUGAGCGAGACAGACCCCGAAGUAGCAAAUUCUUUUAUAGACUUCCUUGCCACAAGUAAGCAAACGGAAGAAAUUUGUAACUAUGCUCCUGAAACAAUUCGUCGAGCAACUGUGAAGUAUCCAAAACAUUACAAACUUGUCAUGCAGACUUUCACAAAGGAUAUUUACAAGGGAGAGUGGAAAAAGUUAAAUCAACGGUCUGCAUUUUUUCUUUAUUGCUUUCAAGACCCGGCGACUAAGCUCUUUGUGCAGAUUGAACACGCCUAUGGCUACAACAUUCAGGGCGAGAGUGAAAAAGCCAUGCUUUUGUUGAAUGAUGCCCUUGCAAAUGCUUCGAGAGCGGGAGAAAAUUGUCAGCGAAUUAUAGCAAGGGCCCUGGCAAGACAAUCUUUAAAGUUGAUGUACGAAGAAAAAUAUCCCGAGUCAAAGGCCUUGGCUGAGCAAGCAAAUAUGAUGGUGUCCACCAUGGAGAGCCCAGAAGAGCGGAUUGUUUGCCUGCAACGUAUUGCAGACUGUUUACUGUACGAGGACGGCUCACUGGAAAGCAAGAAAAAGGCGUUGACCCCUGUUUGGAACACAAUCAUUGAAUUGUGCCAGAGAAACCAGGAUAGCGUUCCUAGAAGUUCCUUUUAUCUUAGAUUUGUUUUUGCCGACAAAGCACGUCUACAUCUUGGGUUUUCAAAGAACGGAUUUGAUCGUUGUCCCAGCGGUAUUUUGGAUCUUGAAGAAGCAGAACGCUGUAUUCAAAGACUGGAGGAACCAGACUUGAAAACAGACUCUGAGGAUACCUACACAGACGCAUUUCGCUUGAUUUGCAAGAGCAAAAUUGCAUUUGACAAAAGUAAAGUGGCUGACGUAGCAGAAGAAGUGGAAACAAGGGAAAAAGAAGCAUUGUCGCUGUAUGAAAAAGCGGCUGCAGUUUGUGAAAGUGCCCAAAACAAUGGAAUCUUGUUCAUGUUAUCGUCACUUAAAGAAUACUUACAAAACGACUGA